AUGGCUUCCACGAUCGAAAUAAAUGACGCUGUAUUUUGCAGUUCCCAUAAGCAAGAAGUGUGCAAGGACUGCGAUAAUGAUAGUCGCGAAGAAAAUGAUGCAUUUUUUGGUUUUGACCCAAUAGAUCGUGAUGCUUUGCAUGUCCCUUCGGUCCGCCAGAACGAGCAUAAUGACUAUGUGUGCGAGAAGCAUGGAAGUGCUGGUUGCAGUCAGUGCUUUAAUUGGAAAAAGCAACUUACUCGCCUUAGAAUGGCGGCUAAGAAGGCCGGCAAAUAG